AUGACGCCGCAAGAGGCAACUGGACAUGCUCUCAAGGUGACAUCACGUCGAAGCGGGUUCAAAAGCAAAGAAAAAGAAAAAAGAACAGCUAGAUAUCCUCGACGGUCGCGGUACGAGAUCGGCCUGCGAACGGCACCGACAAUUGAGACGACUACCAUGGGCCUAGAAAUCCCGUCUGUGGCAGAGUUGAAAGACGCCGCGGAGAGUGGCGAACGCAUCACUCCCCAGGACGUGUCGGCCAUCUCACAGAUGGAGAGCGAGUUGACCGGGCGCGGUCCCCUCCGCGGAGGACCUGCUGCCUUCAAUAGACGACCGGGCCAGGAAUCCGUGUCGGCGCACCUGCACCACAUCGCGGACCGCAACGAGCGAUUGAGGCCACCGCCAGACUCGGCCAACGUACCUACGCAGGUUGACUAUGUCGAUUUGGCCAAUGAAGUCCAGGAAGGCGAGCGAACGCCGAGCCAGGAGGGGCCGCUUCCCCGCCGAAGCAUGGCGGCGGAAAUGCAGUCCGCGGGCUUUGAUCGACAUCAGCAGUGCUCGAGCUCCCUUGGUGCAUUCUGUCCUUUGGAGACGACCCAACAUCGCCCUUCCCCUUCCUCCCCGCCCAGCCUGGGUUACCCCGAAACCGACUUGUCCAGCGCAUUCUGGUCUAACUUGUCCAAAAAGAAAAAGAGAAAAAUGCAGCGGUGGACGAAAUUCACCAACCGGACCCCACUACCCCCGUCCGUCUCGGAGGCGGCAGUGGUCCGAUCGCUGCACGACCACGAGGCAAUGAUCACCCAGAAUCCCCUGGUUAUCCACUACGAGCGGUGUCCAGUCCCCGAGGAUGCGCUACCAGACGAGAGUGACGCUAGCUGGUAUGAAUUAACCGACCGAGUCGACUAUCUCCCUGGUGGGCUCCUCCAGGGUCGCGUUCGCUAUCGAGGGUGCUUCCACGAUACCCCACAGGGCAUUCGAACCCACAUCUAUGCACCCUUGGGCGUCCGGAUCCGCAACCACUGGACGGUACGACGGAGCCAGGCAGGGCUGGAAUUGGAGGAGAGAAAUAGAGCUGCGGUGUCCCUGGGGAUCCACCCAAUUCAUCCGGCGCACUUUGGAACAAGCACAUGGGCAGCUGGUGGCUCGAUUGGCGACUAG